GGGGACUAGGUUGACGGGUUUCUAGUAAGUGAGUUGUGCCGUGUUGUUUGUGUUUCUUUGCUACUUGUGCUGAUAUUGAGGUGACCUCCGCCGUCAUGGGUGCGUCUGCAGUCCCUCUGGUGGUGGUGACGCUGUUCUGGGUGGCGGUCGGCGGCGUGCUGCCCUUGUUCGUGCGCAAGGGGCCGAACCGGGGCGUGACCCAGAGCUGCCUGAUACUGACGGCGGUCGUCUGCUGGAUGUUCUGGCUCUACUGCUACAUGGCGCAGAUGAACCCGCUCAUCGGGCCCGACCUGAAGAAGAACAUUCUGCUGCUGAUGAACCGCGAGUGGGGGCACUUCAAGCCCGAGUAGGUGACCGGCCGGCCAGCUGAGCCGUGCCUGCCACGGGUCGACAGAGGAUGUGUAGAUGUUGUACAGCGCGCUCUGACGCACAUCGCGCCAUCUCCGCCGCAACUGGAAAUCUCUCCUUCAGAUUCUGACCUUUCUAUGACCUGUGACUGCAAUAUGUGUAUUUCAUUCGUGGGUUCGUCCGUAUUCCGUGCUUCUCUCGUCAGCAGGUGAAAUCUCAUUGCUUUUUCAGUUUGCAUGUGAUUAACAUGCCCACUGUGCAUCCAUGUACGCGCGACAGGCAGCGUGUGCAGGACAUGUGCUGUAUAAAUUUUUGUUGGCAGUGCGAAGCAGGAACAUGUACGCCGUGGAGUGGAUGAUGGGACGAACUUUGUAGGAUAGGCAACCAGUACCCAGUCAGUUUAAUGUUGCCUUUGUGUUGAAGUGUAUGUGUUUAUACAUAUGAGUACACAUUCCAUGGACAGAUGGAGGUACAGAUAA